AUGGAGAAGCUGGAAAGCGAGGACGACUUCCAAUGGUGCCUGCGCCGCCUCGAGGCCCAUUUCGCUCCCAAACAGAAUGUUUGUGUUGAGCGCUACCGCUUUCGCAGCCGGGGGCAGCAACCAGGUGAGACCACCAGCCAGUGGGUCUCCGUGCUGCGCCAGUUGGCCAGCACGUGUGAGUACGGUGCCCAGAUGGACGAGUUUAUCAGGGACCAGGUGAUUGAGAAAACCGUGAGCUCUAAGCUGAGGCAGCGGCUUCUCAUGGAAGGGUCAGGUCUGACUCUGGAGAAGACCCUGACUCUGGCCGACACCCUGGAGUCUGCUGAACGAGAAGCAAAGGUGAUCGAGGGACCAGCCGUGCCUGUGCCUGUCCAGGCCCUGCAGCCACAGAAGUUUCACCCACCUGACGAGCUACCAGCCUCUCCGGGGGCCCAACCCGCUAUCCUGGGGUACCAGCACCGAGUGACAGUUGACCCAGGGGUACCACCAGUGCGCCAGCCACUGCGCCGCCUGCCUUUGGCUGUGCUGGACGCAGUGAGUGCCCGGAUUGAUGAGCUGGAGGCCCAGGGUGUGAUUGAGAAGGUGAGCGCGUCUCCCUGGAUCUCACCGCUGGUCGUUGGCAGGAAACGGGACGGUGCCAUCCGCCUCUGCGUUGACAUGAGGAGGGUGAACCAGGCGGUCAUCACGGAUGGUCAUCCUCUCCCGAGGAUUGAGGACGUUCUCGAUCGGCUCCGUGGUUCGCUGAUGUUCUCCAGGCUGGACCUGAAGGACGCGUACCACCAGCUGGAGCUGCAUCCCGACAGCCAGAACCUGACCACGUUUGUCAGCCACAAGGGUUUGUACCGGUUCCGCCGUGUAAACUUUGGUCUGGCGAGUGCCGGCCCUUGUUUUCAGAGGGUGAUGACGUCGAUGCUGGAGGGCAUCCCCGGGGUGGAGGUGUACCUCGACGACAUCAUCAUCCACGCACCGUCCCAGGCGGAGCAUGACGCUCGCCUGAAGCAGGUGCUGCGGCGGUUGGAGGACCACCGUGUGAAAGUGAACUGGUCCAAGAGUGCCACCGGCUGCCGUGACAUUGAUUUCCUCGGUUACAGGAUCUCAGCGGCCGGUGUGCAGAUCGACCCAGGGCGGAUCAGUCCGCUGCUGGAGGCUCCAGAGCCACAGGACGAGAAGGGCCUCCGCGCCUUCCUGGGAGCCACGGGCUACCACGCCCGUUUCAUGCCGCGGUACUCGGACCUGGUCGAGCCGCUGCGAGCUGCGCUGCGCGCUGACAAGUUCGAGUGGUCGCCGGCGCUGUCCAGCGCCGUCCAGCGCGUCAAGGACGCCAUCCGUCAGUCACCGGCGCUGGGUAUGUUCGACCCCGCGCUCGCCACGGUGCUGACGACCGACGCCAGCGACGUCGGAGCAGGCGCGUGUGUGACGCAGAUCGACGCCUCGGGGUCGCCCAGGGUCAUCGUGUACGCGUCUAAGUCGUUCUCUCCGGCCGAGCGUAACUACUCCACUGUGGAGAAGGAGGCGCUGGCCGUGGUGUGGGCCUGUGAGAAGUUUCGCCACUAUCUCUGGGGGCGGAAAUUCACUCUGCGCACGGAUCAUCAGGCUCUGUGUACCAUUUUCGGUCCCAAGGGUUCCACGCGCGUCGGGCGGCGUGUCGCGCGGUGGGAGGCCCGCCUGCUCGAGUUUUCUUUCGACGUUGAGUACGUCCGCUCGGAGCGGAACACCGUGGCCGACGGCCUGUCACGGCUGCCGGUAGCCGAGACCUGGUGGCCGGAUGAUGACGAUCUCCAGAUUGCAGCUCUGACGGUGGCAGCAGCCAUCUCUGAGGAGGAGCUCAGCGACGCCUCGGCGGCCGACGAGUGUCUCAGCGUCGUCCGUGGGUACGUGUCCGGGCAGUGGCCCCGCCAGAGGGACGUUGACCCCCGAGCAGCUGGUUUCUUUCAGGUACGGGACGAGCUGUCCGUACAUGGCCAGCUGCUGCUCCGCGGUGACCGGCUGGUGGUGCCAGCGGCGCUGCGCGAGCGCGUUCUGACUAACGCGCACGCGGGCCACCAGGGGGUGGUCCGCACAAAACAGCGGCUUCGUGAGCGUUUCUGGUGGCCGCGCCUGGACCGGCAGGUGCGUGACCUGCUGAAGAGCUGUGAGGUCUGCUCUCAGCACGAUGGGCACGUGCGGAGGGAGAGGCCGCCCCUCCAGCCCAUCCCACUCCCAGAUGGACCGUGGCAGCGCCUCAUGGUGGACGUGAUCGGUCCCAUGAGAGGUCCGUCGUCUGAGCGCUACGGCAUUGUGCUCGUCGAUAUGUACAGCCGGUGGCCGGAGGUCGCGCUCUGCCAGGACGCGACGGCAGACAGUAUCUGCCAGUUCCUGGAGACAGUGUUCGCUCGCGAAGGUGUGCCGCUGGAGCUACUGUCAGAUAACGGCCCUGCGUUCCGGUCGGGCCGACUCGCCGAGUUUUUGGGUUGCAUGGGCGUCAAACAGACGUUUAGUUCGCCCUAUUCGCCGCAGACCAACGGCAUGGUCGAGCGGCUGAACCGGACGGUUAAGGAAGCCAUCCAGUCGGCUCGCCUGGCGAGGGAGCCGCGCUCGACGUUUGUCAGAAAGUUCCUGGGUGAGUACCGGGUCACGGUCCACCCGGCGACCGGAGUGUCGCCCUUUGUUUUGAUGAGGGGGCGGGAGGCGCGGACGAUUCUCGAUGUGACCCCGUCCGAUGUGACCCCGUCCGGCCGUGCUGCCGAGGAUCGAGCUGUCCGGCAGCAUCACCAGUCGUACCAGGAGACCUACAGGGCCCGGUAUGACCGCACCGCCACGGCCGCCCCGCGAUGGGAAGCUGGCGACUGGGUGCGAGUACGGAAGCCCGGGACGGGCCGGGUCGAGGGGCAGCGCUCUGUGCAGGUGAGCCGCAGGACCGGUCCGGUCAGCUACAGGCUGGCCACAGCUCACUGGCUCCCGGACUCAGCAGCACCGGAUGGCUCCUCCUCGCCACUCUUCUGGUCCGACCUGGACAGCCUCAACUCGACACUACUCUCUGUGGAGCAGCACUGGGACCCGAUCCCCUCCGCGGACGGGCCUCAGGCCGAGAACACGGUCUUCUCCUCCCGCGACAAGCAGGAGCGUGGUCUGAAGACCGUCAACACCGGCUCUUCAGUCUCUACCGAAAUGAAUCGGUUUGUAACGGAGGCCAGCCCAGCUCUGGACAGGACCGCCAUUCUGAACGGCCAGCAGAGGA